GUCUAGCGAGCCAACAGCAUCGCGUAAAGUCUUAUCUUACAAAUACGACGUGACACAACUUUUCUAACAUCGGUUAUCACGUGACUUGUGGAACCAAGAUGUGAUCAUGGGUUCCUCCAAGUCAAAGCAAUGCAGUUGCGUGAGACGUCGCCGCAGAAGCACAGCCUACGAAGAAGAAACCUCAAGCUCAAGAUCCAUAGAAAUAGACCUCCAACAACAACAAACUGAGCGCCCUUUAAGAACAAGUGCCCGCAAAACGAAAACAAAAUGCUUCAGUCAUAUGAUUCCAAAAAAAAUUUUGUGUUGUCUCCAAAAAGACGACAUGAGUAUGACCAAAAUCGAGCGAACUAUAAAGGCGACACUGUUAAUACAGAAAUGGUAUAGAAGAUAUAUGGCAAGAUUAGAAGUUCGGCGCAGAUACACUUGGACGAUAUUUCAAAGCAUAGAAUAUGCAGGAGAGCAGGACCAAGUCAAACUUUACAACUUCUUCAACGCCCUCCUUACGCACAUUCCAAACACCACAAAUCGAACUUCCGAAUCCUCGACAGCUUCAAGAAAUUCAUCAAUAGAGGACCUUGACAUGAAAUUCGAGGAUGAAUCGGACGAAGGCGAAGAUGAGCUCUUAGAAAGUAGCGAAAGGGACCACAAAUUUAAAUUAGAAUUUCCAAUGGACGAAGAGCAGUUAAAAAAAUUGAUUGAACUGUACCGACGAAGACGGCACUACCGACUCCACGCUCGUUACGUGGCUGAAAUCCUGAGAGAAUCCAUUAUUAAGCUGAAAAGAUUACCGAACUUGAAUCUCGCCUCCACAGCGAUAUCAAAACAGAUAACAGUGUGUGGAGAUCUUCACGGAAAACUCGAUGACCUUCUCGUCAUCUUCCAUAAGAACGGCCUACCAUCACCGGAAAAUCCAUACGUGUUUAAUGGAGAUUUCGUCGAUAGAGGAAAACGGGGCAUUGAGGUACUCCUUGUCCUCUUAUCCUGCAUGCUCGUCUAUCCUGGAGGUGUUUUCCUGAAUAGAGGAAACCACGAGGACAAUAUAAUGAAUUCGAGGUAUGGAUUCAUUAGAGAAAUGCAGUCCAAGUAUAGGAGGAACUCCGAGAAGUUAUUGAAGUUAAUUGAAGGAGUGUACCGGUGGUUACCUUUGGGCACUAUCGUUAACAACAAGGUGCUGAUAGUUCAUGGAGGCAUCUCAGACACCACCGAUCUCGAUCUCAUCAGGAGUUUGGACAGGGGAAAGUACGCUUCUUUGUUACGGCCGCCUAUCAGUGACAGUUCAGCCCCUGGAGCCGAACUCAUCGAUAAGGUAGAAUGGAAACAGGUAUUUGAUAUUUUGUGGUCAGACCCUCAAGUAGGAAAUGGUUGUAUUCCGAAUGCUUUACGAGGAGCCGGGACGUACUUUGGUCCGGACGUGACGAAGAAUUUUUUGGAAAAAAACCGAAUGUUGUUCAUUAUCAGAUCCCACGAAUGUAAAUCGGAAGGAUACGAAGUGAUACACGAUAAUUCGAUCAUAACGAUAUUUUCGGCAUCAAAUUAUUACGAAUUGGGGUCGAAUAAAGGAGCGUAUUUAAAACUAGUGGGGCCCCAGUUAGACACCCACUUUGUUCAGUAUAUGGCAGCCGCAGGGAGAGCGAAAAGGUUAACGUUUCAUCAAAGGAUAGGUCUAGUUGAAGCCUCUGCUAUACGGGAACUUCACGGACAAAUAAUGGCGAACAAGACCAAAUUGGAGAAGGAGUUCGUCAAAGGCGAUCCUGAAUUGACAGGAUAUAUCACUCUGAGUGAAUGGUGCAAAUGCAUGGAGAAAGCCACAAGCCUCGGCCUUCCCUGGAGAAUGCUCAAAGAAAAAUUAGUGACCGUAGAUCCCGAGACUCAGAAAGUUAAUUAUAGUUCAACAUUCGAAAACAUUAGUAGUUCCAAAAUAAAUUCCGUCCAAGGCGCUAGCACAGUCGUGGAAACCCUCUACCGAAAUAAGGGCAAUUUGGAAACAAUCUUCCGCAUUAUCGAUAAAGACAAUUCAGGUUACAUAAGUUUGGACGAAUUUUCCGAAGCAUGCAACCUGAUAAAGGAGCACAUGCCUAACCCGAUCACGCAAGAACAGCUAGUAGAAAUUUGCCGUCUGAUGGAUAUAAACAAGGACGGUUUGGUGGAUUUGAACGAGUUUCUGGAAACUUUUAGAUUGGUGGACCCUGAAAGCCGACACUUGGACGAUUCAAGUCCGAUUAAGACUACCAACGUCGAGAUCAAUGCUCAAAGCUCGCCCCAGGAUAGUCCAGUCACUCCCAGACACGUCACACUCACAACGUCGCCAAAGUCUCCCAAAGAGUCUUCCCUCGAAUGCAACAACACGAAUAAUGUUAACAAUGUCUUGACUCAAUCUCCUGUCCUUAGUAGCAGACGCGGUGAUUAAUUUUUUCUUAUCGCUUCUAAACAUAUCUUGGAAUUUUCUCACUUCAGCGUUUCUCUUUAAUCUCUUUUGCCUUGAAUCUACCUGCCUUUAACAAAAUUUUGAUAAUUUAGCCAUUAUUGCCUAAUUUUUGUUGCUUUAUCAGGAUUUGUUAGAGGAGGUAACUAUAUUACCUGAACGACGACGCAAUAAAGGUGUGCUUACAAUUUUAUGAUAUAUACGGGGCCAUUCAUAGGGGUUAGAUAAGCAUAUCUCUAACGUAUUGUAAACUGUUAAUUGUUCAAGAAUUAUAUGCCAUUAUUACGUUGAAUUGUAUUCUCUAAAUGUGAUAUUAUUUUUAUAUUGUUAUUUUAAGUAAAUAUAAAUGUAAAUAUAUUUAUUAUAAAUACUAUAAGUACAUAUCUCAAGACGAAAAUUAAUUAUAUGACACGACCAAAAUAGAACCGAGUUGGUCAAUUCGUGGGUAGCUGGGAAAUAAAUUUUUGGCCAAUUUGUCUUUCUAGUUUAGUUAAAAUUUUGCAUUGUAUAACCUUACGCUUAAUAAACGCCGUUAAGAAAAACCGAUUGCUUUUAUAAAACUUUAUUCAGUUUAGUACAUUAUCAUUUCUUACAUUAAUACAUAACACAUCCACGCACACAUCCAGUGCAUUCACGCAAAGAUGAACUAAUUAUGAGAGCAUUAGGAACUCAUUAAAGGGAUCAACACCGAAACAAUGUAAGAAAUGAUCGAUGAUGUGAUUUUUAUAUAAACAUGAGGUAAAUUUAAGUAAUGCAAUUCUUAUCAGUACAUAUUACAAAUAUAUUUACAAAUAUCGUGCAAUAUGCACACAAUGCUUUGACGGAAGUCCUCAUUGAACUGUCCAUACAGCGAAUUACAAUAUUCACAAAUCCAUACACUUUUCCACAGACAUUAUAAAAUUUCAACAGUAAAUUUCAACAAGAAUUUAUCUAAAAACGUAAGAGAACAGCAUACAGCGCUCAUGAAAAUUCAAUGAC